AUCGCAUUCUAACCUAACAUAAUCUCAAAAAUUUAUAAAUGAUGUAAAUUAAAAAAAGAUGUAAAUGAAAUAUUAAAAUAAUCUAGUUUUGUGAAAAACGUUGGAAGAGUUAUUCAGCAAUUCAACAAUCUAAGAUUUUAAUAGGAUAAUUAUCCCAAGUGUAUAUAACCUCAAAAGAAAGAGUACACAUGAAGGCAUAUAUUACACCUGUAGAGCUUGCUAAAAAAAUAAAUACAUAAAUAAGAGAAGAUUCUUUAUAGAGCGAACAUUUCUAAAAUUGAAGUAAGGUGAUUUGUGAUCUGGUGAUUGUGGAGAGAUUAGGAGGAGCUGCUCUUCCUUGAUAACAAUGGCAUCACCAACAAAGUCUGAGGCGAAGCUGACGGCAACGAUAGAUCAGACUUCAUGGGAGCCGUACCGGAUUACAUACAUGAAACCAGCUUUCGACAGCCUCGAGAUGACUCUCGCAUGUCGCAAGGACAUCUGGCACAAGUUUAUCGUCUUCAACGGCGGCCUAUAUAUGCGCACCGAUGUCCUACGUGCCUUCGUAAACGCUUGUGAACCGGCACUUCUAAUACCGAUCAUGUACACCGUCGAAAACAACAAUAAGACUACGUUCCUUGCCAAGUGCGCCAGCAACGCUAUCGAAAACCUUGUGAAGCAGGGGCUAUGCGUGACGUUGCCGGGUGGCCAAGAACUGUAUAUGGACAUCGUUCUCGGUUAUCUCAGCGGACAGGAGCUGCAGGUGAACACAAACAAGAUCAUCGCAGAAGCUUUGCACACCCGAUACGAGCCGAUAAGAAAGGUGUUCAAUCUGGACAACUUCGAGAAUGAAAAGGCGCUUGGCUCGAUAUUCUGCCCAAUCUCCAUACCAAAGAUCUUCGAUCUGGUGCUGCGCUGCAGCAAGGUGGGCAUCAUGAGUAACAACCGCGAGGCCGUUGGUGGGCGGCUGCCAGUCCGCGAGCUCAGCCUGCGAUACAAUAAGCUCACGGCGAUUAUCCUAUUUGACAAAUUCUUCAGUUACCACUUGACCAAGCUGGAUCUGCGCCACAAUCAGAUCUUGGACGUGGAGUAUCUGCGUUACUUCUCCGAGUUCAAGAUAAGCGAACUCUGGCUAGAUGGAAAUCCACUGUGCACCAGGUAUAUCAACUCUCAGGACUACAUACAGGCAGUGAAGAACGUUUUCCCGCAUUUGCAAAAACUCGACGGAGUCGUCAUAGGAAUGGAGCAAAAGUUCGUACCGAAUGUACAAAACUAUUAUCUUGGCAACGGAUCGAGGAUACCUCUGAUCAGGCAGUUUGUCAAACACUUCUUCACACUGUACGAUCAAGAGGAUAGAAUAGUUAUGCACGGCCUAUACGACAAGAACGCAUUCUACUCCAUGACGCUAGGCAGUAUAACGAAUCACGCACACAAAGAGAUUAUGAAGACGUUUUCCACGAACAGAAAUCUGUUGAAAUUCGCCGACUACGCCAAGUGUCAUGAGUUCCUAUUCUGUGGACCUGAGAAAAUAAUCGCCGCGCUGCAGCGGCAACCACCGACGAUGCAUGAUCUCAAGACGAUUCAAAUCGACCUGUUGCACGAAGACGAUAAUCACCUGGUCAUCUCUGUACAAGGACUGUUCGCAUUUCGACCAAUGAUCUAUCCGCCUAUGUUGUACAAUAGAACCUUCGUUAUCGUGCGAAAGGAGGACAACGAGUAUGCCAUCGUUAACGAUCAGUAUUACAUCGAUGGUACGCCCGCCAAUGCGGGUAAUGAGAUGAAAUUUGAUCCGAGACCCGUGCCCAAAUUUACUCCAAUGGUACUCAGCGUGUCAGAGAAGGAGCAACUGCUUAGAUUUUUACGUGAACUUACAACGAUGAAUAUUCGAUAUUGUUAUAAAUAUCUUGAAGAUGCGGAAUGGGAUAUAAGAACCGCGAUCACUACAUUUAUGAAACAUUAUUCGGUCAAUGACGUCCCUCCCAAAGCUUUUGAGUCAACAUAGGACUAUAUUGGAAUUUGAAAAUAUUUCAGAAAAUAGUUUUACAUAAAUAACUUUGUAAAUAUAUAUAUAUAUAUGUUGUUUGUAAAAGAAAAUACACAUAAAAUUUCGUAUUGUUAUUUAUAUUUAAAUAAUUGCGUUACUGAUAUCUUAUGAUAUAGAUGAUCCUUUAUUAAACAUGUUGGAAGGAAACAAAUAAAGUUUUCUCCGCCGUUCUAUUUUAAUUGUAAAAAAGUCUUACGCGUAAUAUUUACAAAACUACACAGACUAAUAGUUUUAGAUGUUAACAACCUUGCUGCGUAUUCAAUAAAGCUAUAGUCUUGGUGAUGUAAGGUAUCGUGUUGACGUUUGAGUUUACUCCCAAUUCGAACACUCUCUGCAUCAAUGGUAAAGCAUGUUCUAAAAUAAAAAAGAGAAAGAUAAAUUUA